CCCACUUCAAGAUUCAUCAAAGAAAAGAAAAUGGCAGAAGCAAAUCAACACCCAGACCGUCUCUUGGUUCUGUUGCUCGUCUUCAUGGCCAUGGUCUCGAAUGGCACAUGCAUAGGAGUGAACUGGGGGACUAUGGCGACUCACCAGCUCCCACCAGAGCGAGUGGUCAGAAUGCUGAAGGAAAAUGGGUUCAAAAAGCUGAAGCUGUUCGAAGCAGACGAGAGGAUUCUAGCAGCUCUGAUUGGGACUCCCAUUGAAGUGAUGCUUGCGAUUCCCAAUCACAUGUUGCAGGUGAUUGCUCACGAUAUUGGGGCUGCGGCUUCUUGGGUCGAUGCUAAUGUCACUGGUUAUAUCUACCCUGGUGGAGUCAAUAUCAAGUAUGUUGCUGUGGGCAAUGAACCUUUUCUCAGAACCUACAAUGGCAGUUUCUCAAAAUAUGCAUUACCAGCCCUCACACACAUCCAGCAGGCCCUUAAUGAUGCUGGGUUUGGCUCCCGGAUUAAGGCCACAGUCCCCUUCAAUGCCGAUAUCUACUACUCCCCAGACUCGAACCCUGUUCCAUCAGCAGGCGACUUCCGGCCCGAAGUCCGCGACCUCACCAUCGAAAUAAUCAACUUCUUGCAUUCAAGCAAUGCGCCAUUCACUGUCAACAUUUACCCAUUCCUCAGCCUCUAUGGCAACAAAUACUUCCCCAUGGACUACGCCUUCUUUGAUGGCACAAACAAGCCUGUCAAAGAUGGUGAAUCUGUUUACACCAAUGUGUUUGAUGCAAAUUUUGACACGCUUGUUUGGGCUUUGGAAAAAGCUGGGUACUCUGACAUGAGCAUCAUCAUUGGGGAAGUCGGGUGGCCAACCGAUGGCGAUAAAAAUGCCAACUUAAAAAAUGCGAAGAGAUUCAACCAGGGGUUGAUUCAACACGCCUUGAGCGGAAAUGGAACCCCUGCUAGGAAGGGUGAGAUUGAUGCUUAUCUUUUCAGCCUCAUCGACGAGGAUGCUAAAAGCAUCGAUCCCGGUAGCUUUGAGAGGCAUUGGGGGAUUUUUGAGUUCGAUGGGAAGCCGAAAUAUGAGUUGGAUUUAUCUGGUUCGCAGGAGAACAAGGGUCUAGCUGCAGUGGAGGGUGUGAGUUAUAUGCACAAGAGGUGGUGUGUGUUCAACCCAAAUGCAGAUGACUUGGGAGACUUGCCAGACAGUAUAGACUAUGCUUGUAGCCUCUCGGAUUGCACUGCUUUGGGUUAUGGGUCUUCUUGCAACCAUUUGAGUGUGCAGGGAAAUGCUUCCUAUGCUUUUAACAUGUAUUACCAAGUCAAGGACCAGAUGGAUUGGGAUUGUGAUUUCUCUGGCUUGGCUAUGGUGACAGAUGUAGAUCCGUCCGACGAGGACUGCCAGUUUCCGGUGAUGAUUGUGAAUAGUUCUUCUUCAGAUCUUUCUAGGAAGCUUAGGGAAAUUUUACUAGCAAUUGUGGAGGGACUAGUGGUGUUUUUGCUUCUGUUAUAAUAUAUAUAUAUAUUCUUCAGGAAGCAGCCGUUCACCGAGGCAUGAGGAUUAUUUUUGUGUUGCUCAUCAUUGAAAUGAGUCUGUAGAUUGUAUUAUUAAAUAAAGAAAUUUGUCCAAAA